AUGCAUGGUCGUAACACUGCACCUCUUGUGUUGCAUUUGGCUUGUGCCUUGGGCGAGAUCUCGAAAAGAGGUAUUAGAGGGAUGGUGAAUGCUGAUAAAGGUCUACAACAGUCGAGGAUUAAUAGCAAGUUCGGGUUUGAUCCCAAAUCUGAUGAUUACAAAGUUGUUGAGCUUAUGGAUCAUUGUGAACCCGACAUGCAAGUUGAGGUGUACAGCAUGCGGAAAGGUACAUGGGGAUUCAUAUCCGAAAGCUUUCCCUCUAAUUUUGAUUGGAAAUAUAGCGGAACCCAAGCCAUAGUUGGUGGUCAUGAUGAUGGACAUGUUUGUUGGUUGUGUCCUACCGAUCACGAUUACAAUGCCAUAAUUGCAUUUGAUUUGGGUAAUGAGACAUUUUAUGAGAUAUCUCUUCCCGAUUCUAUAUGCAGAUCUAAAGGUGAGAUGAUUUUGUGCUUCUUCGACGGAAAACUUUGUGUAAUUAGAUAUGAUGGUAUAUGUGCUAAAUUUGAGGUGUGGGUGAUGAAUGAGCGUGGGGUGACUGAAUCUUGGGUGAAACACACCGUGUUAUCACGUUUUACUGGUGAUAUAUUCCCUAUGGGAUUCACACUUAAUAACGAAUUUCUUUUUAGAUAUGGUUGUGUAGUCCAGUAUGUCGAUAGUCUGGUUUGGAUAACGCCCGCUAAGAAGCAUGAUAACUCCUCUUGUGUUGCAUCGGACCGGCUUCGGAGAAUGUUAUAA